AAGGUAAUUAAGAUUUUUUGCUAACAAAGUGCAAACUAUUCCUCGAAAGUUGAAAGAAUAUAAUUGAAUCAAGAUGGUUCCCUUCUUCCCGUUUCCGUUUUCGCCGGCAAACGUUCUCAUACCGCUUGAGUGAAAUUGUUGUACGCAUGUGCAAAAGCUCUCGUACGCUUCCGUUUGAACGCCAGUGUUUGCCUAAAUGAUGGCAGAGCUCCAUAAACGUCGACGUGAGUUCAGCGACAGAAAUCUGUCGUCUGGAGGAGCAUCUCCCGGAGUCAAGAGAGACACAUCCGGUGACAGCUCCGCUGUGCUUCUGAAGCUGCUGGCUGCGGGUUUUUAUGGAGUCAGUUCAUUUCUCAUCGUUGUCGUCAACAAAAGUGUCCUGACCAGCUACAGAUUUCCAUCAUCAACAUGUGUUGGAAUCGGCCAAAUGUUGGCUACCAUUGUCGUUCUGAGGAUCGGAAAGAUGAUGGGUGUUAUCUCAUUCCCGGAUAUGGAUCUGAGUAUACCACGGAAGAUGUUCCCACUGCCUCUCCUCUAUGUUGGCAAUCAGAUAUCAGGACUGUUUGGGACACAACGACUCAAUUUACCCAUGUUUACAGUUCUGAGGAGGUUCAGUAUUUUUCUUACCAUGGUGUUUGAGGGACUCUUGCUGAAAAAGACUUUCUCUACGUCAAUUAAGAUCACAGUGUUUACUAUGAUCUUUGGUGCCUUUAUUGCUGCAAGCGCUGAUUUAGCUUUCGACCUUGAAGGAUACAUAUUCAUAAUGCUGAACAAUGUCCUAACAGCGGCCAGCGGGGUCUAUAUGAAGCAAAAACUGGACUCUAAGGAUCUGGGUAAAUAUGGGCUUCUCUACUACAAUGCUUUGAUCAUGAUUUUCCCUACUGUGGCGUAUGCUUACUACACAGGAGACUUGCAAAUGGGUUUGGAGUAUGACGGAUGGUCUGAUCAGCUGUUUGUUGUGCAGUUUGUCCUCUCCUGUGUCAUGGGCUUCAUUUUAAUGUACUCCAUCAUGCUGUGCACGCAGUACAACUCAGCACUCACCACCUCCAUCGUGGGCUGCAUCAAGAAUAUUCUCGUGACCUACAUUGGGAUGGUGUUUGGUGGAGACUACAUAUUCACCUGGACUAACUUUAUAGGUCUAAACAUAAGCAUCGCUGGGAGUCUGGUAUACUCUUAUAUCACCUUCACACAGGAGCAAACAAGUAAGAGAAUUAAAAAAAAAGGCGUAAACCACAGAGACCCACCCUAACACUGAAGAAAUAUAUCCAGAAUAGAUUUUAUAUUGUUUAUAUGUGGACACGCAUGCAGGAUAUAUGGUUGGAUGUGUUUAAGCCAGUUAACAUGUUUUACAUUUAUUAUUUUUGUUUUGUCGUCAUACCAUAGUUUUCAGUGCAAUCAUAGAAAGUUCUCUUCUGAUGACACAAUUGUCAACUUUUAUAUUUGUAAUCAAGACAAAGUGCCUUAAUUUUUUAUAAUUAUAUUUCACUGACUAAAUUUAAAGUCAUGAGCAUUUUUAUAACAGAAAU